AUGGAUACCUGGUCACUCGAGCCACCCAACUGUCAAGCACUCAGCGACACUGUAAUCCGUGACGUGCUGCAGCGUGCUUGGACACCUGAACGCCACGCCAUUCGUGACAUUGAAAAAAAGAUCGCCUCUAAGUCAGACCAGCAGCCAAAUCCCUCAGAAACGGCUGUGGCUGACACACCGAAGAGAUUCUCAAGCCCAAAACAGCAUGAGCCGCCAGCAAUAGCCUCGCGUAACACCAACAACCUUCCUGGUCGAAAACGUUCAUCAAAAUCAUUAACCACCGAGGAGGUCAUGCAACUCGUAGCAGCACAAAUCAAGACAACAGACUUGGAGGCACAGCCCCGCUAUCUGGCCAAUCUGGCACAUGCCAGUGAAGCUCUCUACAAAGAACGCCGACGGCUAAACCAGAUCCGAUACAGAAAGAAACAACAAGAGAACAUGGAACACCUAGAAGAAGACGUCCAGACACUGCAGCAAGAGAUACAUCGCCUCACUCAGAGACACCAGAACGCUGUUAUCGGCAUUUCGUCUCCCCAGAGCGUUUGGGUCGUCGCGACGGAAUACUUUUGGCUUUUCCAGAACGGCUUCAAGAAUCCUCCAGAAGCUAUGAAUACGUUUGCGUUGAACUUCCUGUGCAAAUCCAUGGCACCAGAUACCAAGCGACUGGAGAAGAAGGUUGCUUCGAACACUCUUGAAGUAACUACUGUGAUCAGCGUCACCAUUUCCAAAGACACGUUGCGACUGGUAUUUCCGCACCUAAAACACAACGAGCACGAUACUGCUAACCGCAAGAAGCUGUCGAUCCUUGCUGCGAAGAUGCUGAACACACGACUGGUCAUGGACGGAUCAGUGCUCUUUGAAUGGGACCCAAGUAUCGACCGCGUGGUGUGGAUGCAGAGUGUUGACACCAAUGUUGCGUUUACUGGGUAA